AUGGAGCUCACUGUCCGUCGGGCUGGAAAUGAAGAUUACCAAGCAGUGCUGGAAAUGUCCAAGGGACAUUAUGAAGGACAUGACAAUGCCCCGUCUUGUUUUAAACAAUGGCUACUAAGGGACAAUAUUACGGUGCUAAUUGGCACUUACCAACAAAAGGCCAUUGGACUCUGUGCAGUAAGCAUUAUUGAUGAUGGUCAAACAUGUUUCUCUCAUGGGCUUAGAAUACACCCACAUUAUAGAGGAAAGGGGUUUGGAACUCAAUUAAUCUUGGCUGUACGUGAGUUUGUGCGACAAAAUUAUCCAAAUGUUCUAUGUGAGAGAUACACAACAGCAAACACCCAUCAUGCUAGGCUAGCAAUUGCUUCCAAGACUCAAGAUAAGCUGCUGUUUCAGCAAGAUUCCUAUGCAUUUGUGGUAAAGAAGGAUAGAAUUCAGCUUUCUAAACUUAACGGCCUAAAUUCGUCUUGUCUUUCCCGGGUAUACAAGUAUGAUGUGGAGAAAUUCAAGAAAGAUUUAGAAAAGAGCCAGGAUUUAUUCAAACAAGGAAUCAUGGUGAUUAACUACGAACCAUAUAAAGCAGUACCAUCAAAUGUUGACCUGUGCAUAGAAGAGGGUGACUGUUUAUUUACUGACAGAACACAAGGACUCUAUUUGCAACAGUCCAACCAACUCCGUUCCUUUAGUCAUGGAUGUAUUGUCCAUGCAGCUAAAUUUACACAGUGGGCUGUGACAGUCUUCACAAAUGACUUGGUACUUUUUCAAGGCCAUCUUUUGUUAAACCUCCAAGUUGCCUGUCAGAAUAUUCAGGGAGACAUCAUAUUUCGCAUCAACCAUGAUCAGGACAANUUCACAAAUGACUUGGUACUUUUUCAAGGCCAUCUUUUGUUAAACCUCCAAGUUGCCUGUCAGAAUAUUCAGGGAGACAUCAUAUUUCGCAUCAACCAUGAUCAGGACAAGUUCUUAAAAGAAACAGCUGUAAAGUUAUUGCAGGGAACUCUUGGGCUAGAACCUGAGACAACAAGAUUUGAAGACUUUCGUGCUCUUCUAUUUGAAAAGGAACUUUAUUGA